CAAAAUUCCCCAUUUUUAAAACUAGUACACUAGAAUCAAGAAAGAAAGAAAAAGACUACAUUCACAAGAGUACACUUGUGACUGGAUUACAAGUACUAGGUAGUGUAGUGUAGUGAGUUCUCAUCAAAAAGUUGAAACUAGAAAGAAAGAGAUGGCAAGUGAAAGAGAGGUAAGCGUAGCCAUAAUCGGAGCCGGAAUCAGUGGCCUCUUGGCCUGCAAAUAUGCCCUCUCAAAAGGCUUCCACCCCAUUGUUUUCGAGUCUCGAAGCCGAAUAGGUGGUGUUUGGACCAAAACCAUCGAAACCACAAGGCUCCAAACUCCCAAACCCUUAUACCAAUUCUCCGAUUUUCCAUGGCCAUCCACAGUGCCUGACUCUGAGCUAUUCCCUCACCACCAUCAAGUUCUCGAUUAUGUGGAAUCUUACGCACGCCAUUUUGAUUUAGUGAAACACAUCAAAUUCCACACCAGAGUUUGCAGCAUUCACUAUCAAAACCCAUCUCAUCAAACAGACACUACUUCUGGGAGUUGGGCUCUUUGGGGUGCUCUCCCUUCUGCCUCCUCUGGUCAAUGGAAACUAGUUGUACAGAACACUUCCACACAACAAGGCCUUUCCAAUUAUAACCAGGAUGAGGAGGAGGUUUACGUAGUGGACUUUGUAAUCCUCUGCAUUGGACGUUUCAGCGAAGUACCAAACAUGCCCGAAUUCCCUCCCCACAAAGGCCCCAAUGUAUUUCAAGGCCAGGUUAUCCACUCAAACGAUUACACCGCCAUGGAUCAUAAAACCGCAGCUCAAUUUGUAAAAGGCAAAAAAGUUACUGUUGUUGGCUUUCAGAAAUACGCCAUCGACAUUGCCAAUGAGUGUUGCAACGCAAACGGGGUUGAAAAUCCAUGCACUGUGUUAUACAGGAACGCGCGCUGGACCAUGCCAGAUUACAUGCCAUGGGGGUUUUCUAUAGCUUAUUUGUACCUUAAUCGCUUCUCCGAGUUACUUGUUCACAAGCCAGGCGAAGGUUUUGUACUUUGCCUCCUUGCAACCAUGCUUUCUCCACUGAGAUGGGCAUUCUCAAAAUUUGUGGAGAGUCACAUAAAAAAUAAGCUUCCAUUAGAAAAGCAUGGAAUGGUACCGAAGCAUAGGUUUCAUCAGGAAAUCAAUGCAUGUCUGAUUGCAACAGUGCCGGAGAAGUUCUAUGAGCGAGUUGAAGAGGGAAGUAUUAUUUUGAAGAAAGCUCCAAGUUUUGGAUUCUGUAAAGAAGGUAUUGUGAUUGAUGGGGAAGAUACUCCAAUGAGCACAGAUUUGGUUAUAUUGGCUACUGGAUUCAGGGGUGACCAAAAGCUUAAAGACUUGUUUGUCUCUCCCACCUUUAAGGACUACAUUGUUGGAGACCCCAACUCAGCCCUACCUCUCUACAGGGAAUGCAUUCAUCCAAGAAUCCCACAGCUAGCAGUGAUUGGAUUCUCAGAAAGUGUUUCAAACUUGUACACCUCAGAGAUGAGAUGCAGAUGGGUAUCGGAGCUUCUGGCUGGUACUUUUAAGCUACCAAGCAUCAAAGAAAUGGAGGAAGACGUGGCCAAAUGGGAUGAGUUCAAGAAGCGUUACUCUGGUCAGUACUACAGGAGAUCAUGCAUAGCUGCCCUCCAUGUAUGGUACAAUGACCAGCUGUGUAAGGACAUGGGUUUGAACCCGAAGAGGAAGAAGAAAUUCUUUGCUGAAUUAUUCGAGCCUUAUGGGCCAACCGAUUACGUUUCCCCUAAGGAAUAAUGAGCCUUGUUCACUCUGCUCUUACUUUUACCUGUUAUCAGUACCAGCUAUUGCAAAAUGUGAUUGAACUUUAUUAUAAAUCACAUAUAUAAACAAUAAAUAAAUGUUAUUAACAAUGAAGUUCUGUCCCAGAUUGGUUUUGAAAUGAUAAUGUAUCUUUAUCAAUAUCUA